AUGUCUUACUCCAAGAUCCUUCUCAUCUCCGCCGUUCUGGCCGCCGUUGAAGCCCGCUUCGGCCAGGAGCAGGUCCCCGUUCAAGCCGUCUCUUCUCUGCAGGCUGGCAACGCCGGUGAAGCCGCCACUCUCGCUGGAGGUAUCCCGGGUGUCCUCCUCGCCGCCGCCGACCCCUGCGAUAAGUUGACCCUCGCCGACAAGAUUGCCGCCCUCGGUACCGGUGCCGACGUUCUCGACGCUGCCAAGGGUGUCGUUGCCGCCGAGCAGAACUUCAACCCCUUCGUCGUCAGCGUCCCCGCCAUCUGCGGCGACGCCUCUCUCCCUGCCACCGAGGCUCUCCGCGGCAUCGUGCCCCUCGUCGACCCAGCCGUCACCGGAUCCGAUGCCGAGAAUGCCAACUCGGCCACUUCGCUCCAGAACCCCUUUGAUGCCACUGGUCUGUCUGUCGCCGAGGUGAUGCAGGCUCAGGGCUUCUCCAACUUCACCAUCAAGGGCCAGGCUGCUGGUGGUGCUGCUGCCGGAGGGAAUGCCAACGCCGGCAACAACAACGGCAAUGCCAACACUGGUAACGCCAACAACACCGGCAACGCCAACAACACCGGCAACGCCAACACUAGCAAUGCGAACAACAACAACAACAACCAGAACCAGAACACCGGCAACAACAACGAUGCCAACAACGGCAAUGCCAACACUGGAAAUGCCGGCAACGCGAACAACGGUGGAGCUGCCACCGGUGCAGCUGACUUCGGAAAGUGCACUCCCACCAUCGACUUCCAGACCGGCCGUGCUGGCCGCAAGGCUGAUGAGGGAACCUUCCUGCCCACCGACGCCCUCGUCGCCCAGGGCCAGCAGGACGCCCUGAACCCCAACAUCAUCAUCAACCGCGUCUGCGAUCAGCUCACCAACGUCUGCGAGGCCAACGACGCCGCCAAGACCCAGUGCCUCGACGCCAAGGCUCAGAUCUUGGCUUCCGGUGACAAGAGCGCCGAUGUUGCUACCACCUUCAAUGGUCUCCUCGGCUUCUAA